GUCCGGUUAUUCCAAGGUUCAUUGAACACACCAUGAGAGUGUUCUCGUUCUCACUGAUGCAAGUUAAGAUGAAAAACAAGGUUUAGGCCAAAUACAACAUAAAACACUCGAGAGAUGUUAAUGGAUAAUGAAGAGUGGUGUAGAAGAGUGGAAGGAGCAGUGCAGCUCAGCGCAGCUUGACACAACCCACUUCAGCAUCAGGAGAUCACAGACAGGGCUCGUCCGUGUUCGAGACCAGCAGCAGCCCUGUACUCAAGCCCAAAGUUAACCUACAGGAGCGUGAUUUCACCAUGGCGCUAAGAGAUUAGGUUGAUCUCGGCGGGGAAGUGGAAUUCCCCUCUCAUGUGCAUACACAGCAGCCAGAAUUCAGAGCCCAAACUGUGUGUGUGUAUAUAUACACACUUGUGCGAGCCAGGGCACAUACUGUAUGUGUAUGUGAGAUGAGGAGAAGCUAAGUGGCUACCACAACCACCCAGAUCAGACAGCCUCCUGUGCUGCAAGAUGGAUUAGAGCCUCACACCUCAGGAGAUCAAAGGUGGCUGUGACAGGGGCACCCCCGGGGCAGGACCCAUGAGGAGUCAUAGAAGAUGCUCACAGCCUGGGCGCUUCUGCUCUUCUUAGCCAUGUGGGUGAGAAGCAUCGCUGGUGGCCCUCUCUCCUUCAGACUAGCUGCCAUUCUUGAUGACCCUAUGGAGUGCAGUAGAGGAGAGCGUUUGGCCAUAACACUGGCCAAAGACAGCAUCAACAGAAGCAGUAACCGCUCUACCACUGGCAAGCUGGAGGUGGACAUCUUUGAACUGCUGAGAGACAGUGAAUAUGAGAUGGGGGAAACAAUGUGCCAGAUCAUGUCGAAAGGGGUGGUGGCAGUCCUCGGUCCCUCUGCCAGUCCGGCCUCCAACUCCAUCAUAAGCAAUAUCUGUGGAGAGAAAGAGGUGCCCUAUGUCAAGGUGGCUCCAGAGGACAUUUUGAAGGUUCAGUUCCCUCGGUUCACCACUCUGGACCUGAGGCCCACCAACACGGACAUCAGCCUGGCUGUGGCCGGCCUUCUCACCUUCUUUAACAGCACCACCUCCUGCCUCAUCUGUGCACAGGCUGACUGCUUAUUGAACCUGGAGCAGCUCCUUAGGCAGUUCCUCAUCUCCAAGGAGACAUUGUCAGUGCGCAUGCUUGAUGACAGCAACGACCCGACCCCGCUCCUGAAGGAGAUACGAGAUGACAAGACUGCCACUAUUAUCGUCGAUGCCAACGCCACCAUGUCACAUAUCAUCUUGGAACGGGCAUCAGAGCUGGGGAUGCUGUCAGUCUACUACACUUACAUCUUCACCUCACUGGAAUUCUCUCUACUCAGACUGGACGACGUGGUGGAGCAACAAGUCAACAUAGUUGGAUUUUCAGUCUUCAACAAAACUCAUCCCUUCUUCCAGGAUUUUGUGCUAAGCCUCAACCGCUCCUGGCAAGAGAACUGUGACCAUGCACCCUUCGCUGGCACCCCACUCUCCUCAGCCCUGCUCUUUGAUGCAGUAUACGCGGUGGUGGCGGCGGUCCAAGAGUUGAACCGUAGCCAAAAUGUUGGCGCCACUCAGCUCUCCUGCAAGUCCUCCAAGAUUUGGGAGCACGGCACCAGCCUGAUGAAUUACCUGAGGAUGGUAGAAUUGGAAGGUCUAACGGGCCACAUUGAAUUUAACAGCAAAGGUCAGAGGUCCAACUACGCCCUGAGGAUCAUGCAGAACAGCAAGGAUGGCCUAAGGCAGAUUGGCCUGUGGCACUCUGAAGGUGGACUGUCCAUGGAGAGAAAACUUCCAUCAAUCAACGUGACGGACACACUCUUCAACACUACUCUUACCAUCACGACAAUAUUAGAGAAUCCAUAUGUGAUGCUGCGGCCAAACCACCAAGAACUUGAGGGAAAUGAUCGCUAUGAAGGCUUCUGUGUGGACAUGCUGAAGGAGCUAGCAGAUAUUCUCAAGUUCAAGUAUCGCAUCCGAUUAGUGGGGGACGGACUGUACGGGGUUCCUGGGGCCAAUGGAUCGUGGGCCGGCAUGGUGGGAGAGCUAAUCUCACGGAAAGCUGAUCUGGCAGUUGCAGGCCUCACCAUCACAGCAGAGCGUGAAAAGGUCAUCGACUUUUCCAAGCCCUUCAUGACCCUCGGCAUCAGCAUCAUGUACCGCGUCCACCUGGGACGUAGGCCAGGCUACUUCUCCUUUCUGGAUCCCUUCUCCCCUGGUGUCUGGCUUUUCAUGCUUCUGGCAUACUUGGCUGUCAGCUGUGUCCUGUUUCUUGUAGCCAGAUUGACACCAUACGAGUGGUACAACCCCCACCCCUGUCUAAAGGGUCGAUGUAACCUGCUGAUCAACCAAUAUUCACUUGGCAACAGUUUCUGGUUCCCUGUUGGAGGCUUCAUGCAGCAAGGAUCCACCAUUGCUCCCAGAGCUUUGUCCACACGUUGUGUUAGUGGAGUGUGCACCCCGUCAUCCACUGAAAAUCCUGCAGUGUCUUCUCCUCUAAGGUGGGCCUUCACAUUAAUCAUCAUCUCAUCCUACACCGCCAACCUGGCUGCCUUCCUUACAGUCCAGAGGAUGGAGGUGCCAAUAGAGUCAGUCGACGACCUUGCAGAUCAGACGGCGAUAGAGUACGGCACCAUGCACGGAGGAUCCACAAUGACCUUCUUCCAGAACUCUCGCUACCAGACCUACCAACGGAUGUGGAACUUCAUGCACUCAAAACAACCCAGUGUGUUUGUAAAAAGCACGGAGGAGGGCAUCGCCCGUGUCCUCAACUCCAACUAUGCUUACUUGCUAGAGAGCACCAUGAACGAGUACUACCGUCAAAGGAACUGCAACCUGACUCAAAUUGGAGGACUGCUGGAUACUAAGGGCUAUGGCAUUGGCAUGCCGCUGGGGUCUGUGUACCGUGAUGAGUUUGACCUGGCCAUCCUCAAAAUGCAGGAGGACAAUCGUUUGGAGAUCCUUAAGAGGAAGUGGUGGGACGGGGGCAAGUGUCCAAAAGAGGAAGACCACCGUGCCAAAGGUCUGGGCAUGGAGAAUAUUGGCGGUAUCUUCGUGGUGCUGGUGUGUGGCCUGCUGGUGGCUAUCUUCAUGGCAGUGCUGGAAUUUGUCUGGAUGUUAAGACAGGCACCAGGAAAUGAGCAGUCAGUGUGCGAGGAGAUGCUGCGGGAGCUCCACGGGAUCGUCCUGUGUCGCGACAGCCUGCAGGUGAGGCGCAGGCGGGCGGCGUCGAUGCUGCGACCGCGUCCCUUACCCCUGGAGGAGCGUCGUGCUCGAGCAGCCGCAGUCAGCCUCAGCAACGGCAAACUGUGCGGGGGCACCGGAUUACCUGAACCCCUCUCCCACAGACUGGCACAGGAGGCUGCUCUGGUUGCGAGGGGGUGCAGUCACAUUCGCAUUUGCCCCGAAUGCCGGCGCUUCCAGGGACUGAGGAUGCGUCCUGCAGGGGCCACUGGGGCCCUCCCUUCUCCCACACACAGUGAGGAGAGCAUAGAGUGGGACAAAACCACAAAUAGCAGUGAACCUGAAUAAUGCCCCGCAAUUCCAGAAGGAAUGACUUUCACAGCACCCACCUUCUCUACUUUCCAGGGAUCAAAGUUCACUUGGUAUUUUGAUUCAGCCAUGCAGAACUUGAUCUUAAAGGGCAUGGCAGUGCUGUGAACUUUCUGCCCAUGAGGCAAAAGCUAGUAGUUGGAGUCUCCUUGGGUGAAUGUUUUCCUCGGUCAUAGGAGAAACUGAUGAGUCUGUCUCAUUGUGGUCUGUCCCUGUUGGCCCUCUGUACUGUGUCAGACAGGACGGACAAAAAAGCUACGGGGCAUUUGUACUAUGCAGUAUUUUCAGUCAUUUAUCAUAGUGCUGUUUUAUUUGUUUUUAUUUUUAAGUUAUUUCUGUCCUCUGUUGGAUUAUCAGUACUGAAUAUUGUUAUUCUAUUGUUCUACAAAAACUUUAAACAAGUUCCUUUUUUUUUAUCUGACAGUUAACUGUAUGAACGUAUAUUGCCUCUGAAAAGCUGCAAAGAUGAACAGAUUAAUGCAAGGUCAUCCUCCAAAUCCUUUUAUUUUGAAAGUGCCAAAAACCAUGAGUAUUAUCUUGUGGCUGAAGAAAGCACCACAGCCUUGAGAAGACAACAAACUCAACUGAACCUGCUCAACAAACACACAGAGACAGACACACAGACUUCUUUUCUAGUAGUGAUAUUCUAUUAAAAAAUGUUUUAACUGUUGGUAUCUCUGAAAGACAGCGAUGCAUGUCCAGCGAUGUUGGUAGGUGCUCAUUGAAUGAUAAAUGCUGAAGUGUUGGCUGAGAAGCUGAAAGAAGGAUUUCCUGUUUUGUAUACCUGUUUUAAAAUGAUGGCUACACACACAUCGGGCAUCCAUUAUAUCCCUUCUUCCUUUUUGUCUGCCCUUCAUCUUCAACACCAGGACAUUUAUUGUCUCAUCAACUGUCAUUUUUAUGUCUCACUUAAUAAUAUGCUGUGUCUCCUGUGCAGUCUGCAAGACAUUAGAGUUGUAUCAAGAAUGAUUCAGGUUAAAUGGGGACAAGUCAUUAUGUGAUUGAAACCCUACUUUUGUCAGGACCAACUUAAAACAUGGAGAGCCCGGUAAAGCAAAGGUGUUUCUUUAUCUGCAUUUUAUUUAAAUUAUUUUAAAAUGUCAAGGCAGUAAACAUUCGCAAAUCUGAUGAUUUACCCACUGCUUCGAGGAUUACUUUCAGUUCAGAUCAGCCAAGAUGCUCUCAUUUUCAUAAUUUUUCUUUAGCAAAAUCCCAAAUGUAGAAUAUUUGAAUCAAUUCCUGACUUAUUUCAGCUGCAAACUGAUGAAGAAUACAACUAAAGCACUGGUUGCAUUUGUGUAGAUGGUAUUCAAAUGUAUUUGCAUUUUACAAACCAUUCCUCUAGAAUAGAAGCGAUGAGGACAAACCACAAGCAUCACGAUUCUUAGGUUAAUUCCUCCAUAGACGGCGACACAUGGCUUAGUUUAUUCUAGUGAACCAACUGGUUGGAAGGUGUAUGAUAGCUUGACUGGUGCACAGUGGGAAUCAAUGGGCAUCCACCUGUCUUUACCACUUUUUGCUUAGGUCUGAUGUGUAGAUCAUCUUAUUUCUGUCCGUCAGGCUCUGUCAGUCACUAUCCCUCAGAACUAGGCCACCUGCUCAACAGCAUCAUUUCUCUUAUACGUUCACUUUCUAUCUUUGUCAUCUUUCACCUGCAGUUUGUCAUUAGUGAAAUUCUUCUCUCUUGAAAAUAAGUGAAUGUUAAAUUCAAGUGUUCGACUUAUUGAUCAUCGUUAAUGAUAAAGUUUUGACACAUCA